AUGACAUCCGAGACCACAUUUGAAGGCCAUGCAUCGGCAGCAGCCGAGAAGCUGCCACCCACGGACGAAAACAGCUAUUAUGCUUCUCAAGAGGAAGAAGAAGAAGAAGAAGAAGAUCUAGAAACAGCACUGGAAAUGUCCAAUGCCAAUGAGGCCGAAGAAUUGGGAGAAACGCUGGAGACACCGGUGUCUCCCUAUGCGUGUGCUUACUGCAAUCUGGACUCGCCACGUUCAGUGGUGAAAUGCAACAUUUGCAACAAGUGGUUCUGCAACUCCAAAAAUGGGACUUCAACAUCGCACAUCAUCAACCAUUUCGUGCUGUCGCACCACAACAGUGUCUCCUUACAUCCAGAGUCGGAUCUGGGCGAUACAGUGCUGGAGUGCUACAACUGCGGCUGCAAAAAUGUGUUUGUGCUAGGUUUCGUGUCUGCUAAAAGCGAAGCCGUGGUAGUCAUUUUGUGCCGUCUGCCUUGUGCGCAGAACAAGAACGUUAGCUGGGACACAGACCAGUGGCAAUCUUUAAUUGAAAACCGUCAGUUUCUGUCAUGGGUUGCCGAGGAACCAACGGACGAGGAGUUGCUGCCUGCCAGAAUGAUUUCGCCCAGUCAGAUCUCUAAACUCGAGGCCAAAUGGCGUUCCAAUAAGGACGCCACCAUCAACGACGUGGAUAUCCCCGAUGAUAGGGAAGAAGUGCCUCACGUUCUCAUGAGAUAUGCAGAUGCAUACCAGUAUCAGAGAUCUUUCGCGCCGCUGGCAAAACUCGAAGCCGACUAUGACAAGCACUUGAAAGAGUCUCAGGCUUUAGAACACAUCUCCGUAUCGUGGACUCUAGCUCUCAAUAACCGACACUUGGCAUCGUUCGCGUUGUCGACUUUCGAAUCCAACGGUUUAAAAGUCGCUGUCGGGGAUGAGAUGAUUUUGAGAUACUCAGGCGUUCAGCAUGCCGAAUGGGAAGGGCGUGGCUACAUAGUACGUCUACCGAACAGUUUCCAAGACCAGUUGAUGCUAGAAUUGAAGCCCAAUAAAAACCUACCACCCACUCAUCUCAACACUGGUUUCACUGCGGAGUUUGUGUGGAAAGGGACUUCCUACGACAGAAUGCAAGAAGCAAUGAAAAAGUUUGCAGUGGUAAAGAAGUCUGUUUCGGGAUUUCUUUACUAUAAAAUUCUGGGACACGACGUUCCUGAUCUCGAGUUUGACGUUGACAUGCCUGAUCAAUUCUCCAUACCUCAUUUCACACAGUUGAACAUAUCUCAGUCGAACGCAAUUCGUCAUGUACUGCAACGUCCCUUGUCUUUGAUACAGGGUCCACCUGGUACAGGUAAGACUGUGACUUCUGCUACUAUAGUGUAUCAUCUAUCCAAACUGCACAAGGAACGAAUUCUUGUUUGUGCGCCGUCCAACGUAGCGGUUGAUCAUCUUGCUGCAAAACUUCGCGAUUUGGGUUUGAAAGUUGUGCGCCUCACUGCCAAGAGCAGAGAAGACGUUGAGAGUUCUGUGUCGAAUUUGGGACUCCAUAACUUGGUUUCAAGAUCAGCUAAAGGCGAGCUUAAGAAACUUCUCAAACUGAAGGAAGAUGUAGGAGAGCUAUCCUCUGCGGACACCAAAAAGUUCGUGAAACAAGUGAGAAAAUCUGAGCUGGAGAUUCUCAAAAAGGCAGACGUUGUUUGUUGUACCUGUGUUGGUGCUGGUGACAAGAGAUUGGAAGCCAAGUUCAGAAGUGUAUUGAUCGACGAAAGUACUCAAGCUUCGGAGCCGGAAUGUUUGAUACCAAUUGUGAAGGGUGCCAAGCAGGUCAUUUUAGUAGGUGAUCACCAACAAUUGGGGCCCGUUAUCCUGGAUAGGAAGGCCGCUGACGCUGGUCUCAAGCAAUCGCUUUUUGAAAGGUUGAUCUCCUUGGGACACGUUCCAAUUCGUCUGGAAGUGCAAUACCGUAUGAAUCCUCAUCUGAGCGAGUUUCCUAGCAACAUGUUUUACGAAGGAAGUUUGCAAAAUGGUGUUACAAUCGAACAACGCACUGUCCAAAACAGCACCUUUCCAUGGCCAAUUCAUGAUCUUCCGAUGAUGUUCUGGUCCAACUACGGCAGAGAAGAAAUCUCUGGUAAUGGUACGUCGUACCUUAACAGAAUCGAGGCCAUGAACUGCGAACGCGUCAUCACCAAGCUUUUCAGAGACGGCGUGAAACCUGAUCAAAUCGGUGUCAUCACCCCCUAUGAAGGUCAACGAGCAUACAUUGUUCAGUACAUGCAAAUGAGUGGCUCAUUAGACAAGGAUCUUUACAUGAACGUUGAGGUCGCGUCGGUGGAUGCUUUCCAGGGACGUGAAAAGGACUACAUUAUUUUGUCGUGCGUACGUGCUAACGAACAACAGGCAAUUGGAUUUUUGAGCGAUCCCCGCCGCUUGAAUGUCGCCUUAACUCGUGCCAAGUAUGGUUUGGUCAUUUUAGGAAACCCAAGAUCUCUCUCUAGGAACAGUUUAUGGAGUCACCUUUUGGUUUAUUUCAGACAGAAGGGAUGCCUCGUUGAAGGCGCUCUCGAUAAUUUGCAGCUAUGCACUGUUCAACUGACGAGGUCGGCGAAUACAAGAACAGCACGCAAACCGAACUUUGAUAGAUCUGGCUUCAAUAACACUUCUGACUUUGGUAAGGUUAAUUUUGACGACUUCGAUACGCAAAGUUUAAUGUCCUAUGGUGGCGCUGAUGAGUUUGGCGAAUCUUCCAACAAUCAAUUGAAUUCCUUUUUCCAAACUUAUUCUUCCUUUCCACAGCGGACGCAAGACCACCCAAUGACGGACUCUAAUAGGAUUGACCCAGCACUAGCUCAUGGGCUACAGGGAUACAAUGGAGACGCUUCAAGAUUUGAAAACACAGUCAUGAACGGUGAUGAGGUCAGUGCCUUGGAAGGUAUGAAAAAUCUACGAGUUUAA